GAGUACCAAGAUGGCGGACGACUGGCGUCAGGUGUGUGAGACAUAUCGUCGGGCCAUCACCUUAUCAGAUGUGGAGUCCAAGAACGACCCUGAAAACGAGCCCUACAGAUCUAAGUACCGAGCCCGGGAGUUGCUCCGGGAGGUGCGGGUGUUGCUGUGCCCGGAGGAAGAGGAGGAGAGUGAGGCCGAGGGGAAAGAGGAGCGCCGGGAUGGCCCGGAGAGCGGGGGUAGGAGAGGGGAGAGCGGGGAGCUGCUGGCAGCCCGCCUGGCGGUGGUAGAGUUCCGGCUCGGCCUGAAUCACACGGAGACCGAGGAGAUGUCUGCUGGGGAGGAACAUCUGGUUAAAAGCGGGCGGAUCAUGGAGAGAUUCCGGCUGUCAGAGGAGGGCGUGUCUGUGUAUAUCCAGGCUCAGAACAAUCUUGGCAUUCUGUGGGCUGACAGGGGUGAAAUAAGAGUGGCGCAGAGAUACUUGGAGUCUGCUGAAUCCCUCUACUAUCAAUAUAUGAAGGAGAUUGGCAAACCAGCAAUUGAUCCUGAUGAACAUUUCUUCUCUGAAGAACAGAAACUCACUGAGCAGGAAAGAACCAAGCGGUUUGAGAGAGUAUAUACCCAUACGUUAUACUAUCUAGCCCAAGUAUACAAACACUUGAAACAGGAUGAAAAGGCUGCCCAAUACUGUCAUACAACUCUUCAACGGCAACUAGAAUAUGACAGCUACAAUCCAGUGGAGUGGGCAAUCAACGCUGCCACUUUGUCCCAAUAUUAUGUUACAAAGCAAUGUUACAUGGAGUCCAGACACUGCCUUGCUGCUGCCAAUGUUAUAUUCAGCAAAGCUGAACAGAUACCCUCUGCAGAGGCUGCAAAAGAGAAUGAGGCUGAACAAGAGCGGCUUGAUCUUCUCCGCCAAAAAAAAGCAGAGAUUGCACGAUGUUGGGUAAAAUAUUGUCUGAAUUUAUUACAGGAUGCACGGAAAAAGCUCGAGGACAAUAUCGGAGAACUUGAUGUAGACAUUCAAGAAGAACUGAAAGCACAGAGACAAAAGGAAGAAGAUGAGAAAGAAAAGGACAGAAAGAAGGCUAUCCUGUUUGGGUCAAGCGAUAUAUAUGAUUCAGUUCAAGCAGCAGAGGAAAAGGUUGAGUGUUCACAUCCAUUAGAUUUUAAAGAAGCAAGGGAGGUGUUCCUUGUUGGCCAGAAUUACAUAAAUGAAUCAAAGGAAUACUUUCAGCUAGAUGGGCAUGUCACUGACCAUAUAGAAAUAAUCCAGGACCAUAGUUCUUUGUUUAAGCUUCUCGCCUUCUUUGAGGAGGAUUAUGAAAGGCGAUGCAAAAUGCACAAGCGUAGAAUAGACAUGUUAGAACCUUUAUGCAAAGAGUUAAACCCACAAUACUAUCUUCUAAUCUGCAGGCAGCUUCAGUUUGAGCUGGCAGACACCUCUUAUGAGAUGAUGGAUUUAAAGGUAGCAAUAGGUAAUAAACUAGAUGAAAUGGACACUCACACUAUCAAAAAGAUCAAUAGUCUAGCACAGACAGCCAUCAAAUACUAUGAAAUGUUUUUGGACUCGCUAAGAAGCCCAGACCAGAAAUUUCCUGAGAAACUCGAAGAAGAUGUUCUCCGUCCUGCCAUGGUGGCCAAGUUCCGCAUUGCACGUCUCUAUGGAAAGCUGAUUUCCACUGAUGGAAAGAUACAGCUGGAAAACAUACAGAAAUCCUUAAAUAACUACAAAUAUAUUGUAGAUUAUUGUGAAAUUAAUAAAGAAGCCAUAAAGUGCAUUGAGACAGAGCUAGAACUUAGUAAGGAGAUGGUGGCUCUUCUUCCUACUCGUAUGGAAAGGCUAAGGAUUCAGCUAGCAUCAUUUUCCUGAACAAUGAGAUGUUUGUUGUAAAUAUCACAUGAAGACUGAGGUUUAUGGUCUGUAUUUAUUGUUACCUCUAUUUCCAGAACUAAACUCCUAGUUACUGUAUGGUGGUUCCUCUGUCUACCAUAUAUUAAAUAAACACAAGCUAAUGAGUGAAUGUUAGAAAAUAGACCUGGAAAAUGCUUUAAGAGUUAAUACCCCAAAUGCUUCCAUUAAUGGACCAGUAAAAAGGAGGAGGAACAGAUAACUUAGAAAUAUCCAAUGCUGUUAAAGGUGACUAAUAGCUUAUUGCUAAUAUCUAUUGCUGUUAAAGAAGACAAAUAUUACUAAGCAGGGAAGAAACAUUUUAGGAAUGUUUUGUGGAAGGCAUAAUCAUUCGGUCUAGCUGGCUGUAUUCUCCUUACCAAGCCUUGGCUGUAUAUACAUUUGUAUUUAAAUUUGUUGUUUGGCAUAGAUGAAACAUUGAAGGUUUAGCGUAUUUUGAUACAUGGAAACUGCUUGUUAGCUCUUGCGCUAUACAGAUAUAGGGAGAAUGUCUCAGGAAAGCUGCAGAUACAUGUUAAAAAAAAAAAAAAA